CUAAACCAGAAAUAUCAGCAAUUAUUCCACAUGUGAACUUUGGUCUGGAAUCAAUCAAAGAUUAAAAGUAUUGAAAAUGUUGUCCAAUAAAACAAGUAUUGAAAAUAUGGACAUAAGAAAAUCAAGAAAAGAUUUGUGUCUCCCUUCUUCAGUUGACCGACCCAUUGGUCUCCGUCUCUCUCUUACCUAAAGAGUUAUCCCUUUACUCACUGUGUAACACAAGGUACUCUUCUCCUAUUUCUCUUCUUUUUGUGUCUUAAAUGGCAAAUUUAUGAUCUCUGAUGACCAGUCUCACGACUUAUUAUGUCCAUUUCUCUCUCUCUAUAAAUGAGCCAAUGAUGUGUACGCAGCUAUAUAUAUGGACAACUGUGAAUGCAUUUUGCCAUCCAUCUUCUCUAUGUAUGGUAGAAAAGAGGGAAAAAACACAAAACAAUAGUAGAAAAUAAUAAUUAAGAAAAGGAAAGAGAUCCCUUUUUUUUUUUUUUUUUAUCUCUUUUCUACUUAUAUCUCUGAUCUUCAAAAGAAGAAAGAUAAAUCUCUUCAUUAGGUUGUUUCUCUUUGCCUCACCAUUUCUGCACAACAUCCACUAUCACCAUCAUUUUGUAACAUCUAGUACAAGGAGGUAUCCAAGUCCUCACUCUUCUCCCUCUUUAAUUAUUAUGUAAUUAGUAAGCUAAGACGUUAAAUCCAUCUUAGCUAUAAAGUUUCUAAAAACCUAAUUUCUGGUGCCCUAAAACUUUCAAAAUCCCAAAAAAAAAAAUUAUCCAACCCUAGUUUCUUUUAAAUCUAUGGAUUUGAUCUCUCAAGAUAACAAUAAUAAGAACCCUAAUACAACUCUCUCGACACAACAUGCCUCUCCUCCACCUACCUUUAGCCGCUACGAGAAUCAGAAACGCCGUGAUUGGAACACUUUCUGCCAAUACCUUAGAAACCAUCGUCCACCGCUCUCUCCAGCGUCUUGCAGCGGCGCACACGUUCUCGAGUUUUUGCGUUACCUUGACCAGUUCGGGAAAACCAAAGUCCACCACCAAAACUGCGUCUUCUUUGGCCUCACAAACCCUCCGGCUCCAUGUCCUUGUCCUCUCAGACAAGCUUGGGGCUCACUUGACGCACUUAUCGGUCGUCUCCGUGCCGCCUACGAAGAGAACGGUGGAGCUCCCGAGACUAGCCCUUUUGGCUCACGUUCUGUCAGGAUUUUCCUCAGGGAGGUUAGAGAUUUUCAGGCUAAAUCACGUGGCGUUAGCUAUGAGAAGAAGAGGAAAAGGGUCAACAACAAACAAAUAACUCAGUCGCAUUCGCAGCCGCAGCAGCAAGAUCAGUCUAUGAUGGCUAAUUACCACAACGGUGCAACUUGAGGAUAUCGUACAACUUUACAUGUACGUAUCUAGCUGUUUAUACGUACCAACCUUUGUAUUUUGUGUAAUGGUAUCCCUGUUUUACGAUCCAGCCACUGUUUUCUACUGUUUCUUGGACUCUCGUUUAGUCUUUUUUUUUUCAUAAUCAAUAAAUGGAAACAAAGUUGGAUUGUAUUGUAUUUGGUCUUUAAUUAAAGGCCUCUUUGUGCAUCAUAAUUGCCAUAGAUAUACAUACGUGGGAUGGGUCAAUGUUUUAUAAAUUUCGACCUAGACGAUAGAAUAUCUAUUUUUUUUUUU